AUGUUCCGACUUGUACAACGGUGCUGCUUCCAGACACCUUUCAGACUCCAGAAGUUAACUGGUUCCAGACUGCUGCACUUCGGGAAGAAUAAGACAAGUUGCUCUUUUCCUCUCAUCUUCCAUCUGCACAGAGAUGUUUCUCUUCUUUCAAGAUCUCCAAGCUUCAACCAAACAUCGAUAUAUGCAGCCAAGCUCCAGGCAUUUCACACUUCGAUCCCCCUCUUAAAGAAAAAAAAACCCAAAGAGCCCGAGAACAAAGAGCUGGAUCCCCAGAAGUACCGCCUGGCGUCGAUAAAGGAUUCUCCAAAGCCAGCCCUUUACUUGAGCCUUGCAGGACUGUUUCCAUUUGUUUCUGUGCCGCUGGCAAUGGCUGUCCAAGGGACCUACUACCCCGAGCUGGCAUUUGCUCAGAUUACAUACGGUGCUAUGGUUGUCUCCUUCCUAGGAGGAAUCAAGUGGGGAUUUGCUAUCCCGGAGAACAGUCCAGCCAAGCCCGACUGGCGGAACCUGGGUAACAGUGUCGUGCCUCCUUUAUUUGCUUGGCAGGUCUUCCUUUAUGAAAACCUCACCUGCGGUGCCCUGCUGCUUGUAAUGGGUUUAGGGAUAGCACUGCAUUAUGAUCUGGGCCUUCUUCCUACUUACCCUGCUUGGUUUAAGGCACUCAGGAUAGUGACAACUCUGGUGGCAGUAGUGUCACUACUAACCACUGCGACACUGAAGAUGCUUGCUUCAGAGAACCUGCUCAAAACCAGCACAGUGGGAUGGAAGAAUACAAAAUAA